CAUGGCCAUAACCAAAUUUUAAAGCUACAUCGUCAUAUUUCAGUCAACUUUCCUCCCAAGAUAACAACACCGUCUCAAAGAUAUGCUCUUCACGGAGAACAUCUCACGCUUCAACUAGAAGGAGAAGAUCCUGAAGACAGGCCUUUCGAAAUAGAGAUAAUGAAUGGAAGCCCACCUGAAGCAACAGUAACUCAAAGCAGCGUUCUCGUGUGGACGGCUAGAGCCUUCAAUUCGACUGAAUUCUUCUUUAGAGCUACUGACGAGUGUAAUGCUUCAUCAACAUUCAAUAUGACUAUAGAUAUUUUGUCGUGUCCUUGUGUCAAUGACGGAAUUUGUAUACCUGAUGCUGAAUAUCCGCGGGGCUCAGGAAUGUACGUUUGCAGCUGUCAAGCGGGCUACGAGGGGCAACAUUGCGAAAAAGAAAUUGACGAGUGUCUGUCAUCUCCAUGUAUUAAUGGUACGUGUGUAGAUGGCAUAAACAACUACACCUGUCAAUGCGAAAGAGGAUUCACUGGAUUUAACUGCGAGCAAGAG